AUGCAGUUGCCUCAAGGGGUGGUGGAGCACAUGGGCAAGGGAAGCGCAGACGAGGAGGCUUCCCCACACUGUUCCAAGAUAAAUAUGUCGGUGGCCACGACUCCGGCUGGUCGCGGUCUCUUGGCGCCGAAAUGGACAGUACGCCUGGCAGCCCUGGUGGUUGCUACCGGGGCGGUGGCCUUGACGACCUGGAGCCUGUGGCCUGAUAGCCAAGAGGAUGAGUUGCUGGCGAAAGUCUUGAAAGAGCUGCGCAGAAAGCUCUUUUACAUUGCACGUGAUGUGGCGCACAUUGCCAAGGACGUGCGGUCACAGUUGCAAGCACAAGGCGUGCGGGUGGACGACGAGCAGCUAAGACGCUUGGCGGCAGCUGUAGGUCGAAUCGCAGAGAGGUUCAAGGCUGUGCAGGCCGAAGUGCUCACAUCCUUCGGCUGCAGCGAAGAGACCAUCGCCUGCGUCACGGACGAGAGCGCCGAGGAGGUGAAGCAGCACGCAGAUGCACGGCAGAUGGGUGGAAGGAGCAGAACUGGAGCAUAUCCAGCUCCUGUGAACGACUUGAUCCAGGAAGAUGUCCGGAAGAUGAUGAAGGAAGCACUUGGAGGUGUGCAGCCUAUGCUUCCGGGAAUUGAAAUUCCUCCAGAGUUGUCGGAGGACCGUGUGCUGGAGGUAUAUAGCGAGAUGCAAACGCUGAAGAUUGAGAAAGCCAAGAAACUCUCAAUCCAAACCCGCGGUCGCCAGUUCAGCAAGGAGGAGCUUGCUUCUGCUAUAGCCCUGCUUUCGCAAGCAUCGGAACAGGAGGUGCUGGCAAAAUACCGUGACUCUUUAGGAGAGCCCGAGGUGUUCUUGUCUGCCGUGGCACUCUAUGGACAGUCCAAAGAUUUUCAGCUGAAGCUGUUGAAGCUUGAUGCAACGCAUCGAAAACAGAUGGUAGAAGCCUUUAAAGAGGCAAAGUAA